AUGUCGUGCUGGAAAAAUAGACAGAAAAUGAGUCCUGCGGAGGAGCUGGCUCACAAAGAAAACUUGAGGAAGGUGGCUAAAGAGAACGGGAAGCGUAUCGGUUUAGAUGGCGACCCGGAUCUGCAAUUCCUUAUAGUCGGCGGCAUGCUGACCAAGGUCCGGUCCCGUUCCUGGCAGAAGAAUCGCUUCUACCGACUGCAGGAGGACUGCAAGACCGUGUGGCACGAUUCCAACAAAUUCUUUAAUCGCAAGCACACGUUCUCCAUCGACGACAUCGACUCGGUACGCAACGGCCGGCAGUCCGAGGGUUUGAACAAGCACACCGACCCGAGCGAGGAAGAUCGCUGCUUCUCCAUCGUCUUCAAGGGUCGCAAGAAAGUCCUAGACCUGAUGGCCGACAAUCAGCAGGACGCCAAUCAGUGGGUCAAAGGCUUUGAGAAGAUCAUGAGCAACAUGCGCAACCUUAGCCGGCAACAACAAAGCGAGCACUGGAUCAUCGAUUGCAUGCGCAAAGCUGACAAGAACGCUGACAACAAAAUGAACUUGAAGGAGCUGAAGCGCUUCCUGCGACAUGUCAACAUCGAGGUGGAUGACGUGUAUGCAGAAGAAAUUUUUAAGAAAUGUGACCAGUCCAACUCGGGCUACUUGGAAGACGAGGAGAUCAAGAAGUUCUACGAGCUCCUGACCCACCGGGAAGAGAUAGACGUUAUCUACUCGAACUACGCUGAAACGGACGGUCAGCUGAGUGUUCGGGACCUGCUCAACUUUUUGCUGAACGAGCAGAGGGAAGAGGCGACCGUGUCGGACGCUCUCAGACUGAUUGAAAAAUACGAGAUGGACGAAACAAUCAAACAGAAUAGGCACAUGAGCAAAGACGGCUUCCAGAUGUACCUCCAACAUGAAGACUGUGACCUUCUAAACCCGGCCUACAAGAACGUCUACCAGGACAUGACACAGCCUCUUAAUCAUUACUACAUUUCGUCUUCACAUAACACGUAUCUGACCAAAGACCAGCUCAAAGGACCAAGCAGCACUGAAGCCUACAUCAGAGCUCUGAUGAAGAGUUGCCGCUGCGUAGAGCUGGACUGUUGGGACGGGCCCAACGGGGAGCCUGUUAUCUACCACGGAUAUACACUAACGUCCAAAAUCCUCUUCAGGGAUACAAUCAAGGCCAUAAAAGACUAUGCAUUCAAGACAUCAGACUACCCGGUCAUCCUGUCCUUGGAGAACCAUUGCAGCGUGGACCAACAGAAGCUCAUGGCCCACUAUAUUAUCUCCAUUCUAGGGGACGCCUUGGUCUCGCAGCCCCUUGGGGACUUUGUGCCCUCUGACUUCCCGUCACCUGAGGAGCUCAAGGGCAAGUUCCUGAUCAAGGGAAAGCGGCUGAACAAACUGGACGCCGCAUUCAACAAUAACAACACAAUUUCGGAGGGGACGGUGUCCGAGGAGGAUGAGGCAGCGGAGCAAGAGAACGGACAAAGUGCCCCCCAAAAGAAUUCAAAAAUUAAACUGGCCAGGGAGCUGUCGGACAUCGUGGUCUACUGCAAGAGCGUCCAUUUCAAUGGUUUCGAACAUGCCAGGGAAAAGUUGGACUUUUACGAGAUGUCCUCCUUCAAAGAAAGCAAAGCCUUCAACUUGGCUGAGAACUCAGCCACCGCUUUCAUCCACCACAACAUUGACAAGCUGAGCCGAACCUACCCGGCCGGCUCCAGAACAGACUCAUCCAACUACAAUCCGGUGCCCCUGUGGAACGCUGGUUGCCAAAUAGUGGCGCUCAACUUUCAGACGCCGCAAAAGGAAAUGCACAUCAACCAGGGACGCUUCCUACCCAACGGCAUGUGCGGCUACAUCCUCAAGCCGGAAUUCCAGCGAGACCCCAGCUCUCAGUUCGAUCCCAACGACCUUACUGAAGGACCCUGGCUGAGGAGGAUGAUCCUCCAUAUCAUGGUGAUCUCAGCCCAACAACUGCCCAAACUCAACGUGGAGAAACAGAAAUCCAUUGUGGACCCUCUGGUGAGGGUGGAGGUGCACGGCGUCCAGUUGGACAAUGCCAGCAAGGAGACUCACUACAUCACCAACAAUGGGUUCAACCCCAUGUGGAAUGAGCGCUUCCAGUUCCAUAUUUACGUCCCCGAGUUGGCCAUAUUGCGAUUUGUGGUGGAGGACUACGACACCGCGUCGGCCAACGAUCUCAUUGGCCAAUACUGCCUACCGCUCACCUGCAUACAGAACGGUUAUCGCCACGUUCCGCUCCUGAACAAGAACGGCGACAUGAUCUCAUCAGCAGGCCUUUUCGUGCAUGUCAUGCUCCUGGAUGCCGAAUAG